AACAAUUCAACAAAUAAUGCGGAUGAGACUGGCGUAGUUUCCCUGACCCGUGACCCUAGUUUCGACUUGACCGAGACCAGUUCCGCCGAGGAAGAAAUUCAUCUAGAGGAAAGCGAUUCGAUUGAUGAUAGCGACGACGAGGACGACGAUGGAAUAACUUCGCCGUUUGAAACUGCGGCUCCACAAUCUACAGAUGCGCCUUCGAUUGCCGCCUUAGGAGCAUUAAUUGCUCUAGAACCACACAAUCCAAAUAUCGACGAACCGGACAGCUCGGAUGAAGAAGACGAAGAGCCGGGGGGUGCUUCUCCACCGGAAAUAGCAGCCAACGGGGAGGCUGGGGAUGCCGUCACGGAAGGACCAGAGAUGGAUAUUGAGGAUCUUAUCGGUCCUGACAGACGUGGCAGUGAAGGAAAUCUUUCUUUGGCCGAUAGCAUUGAUUCUCUUAGCGACAGCGAUCCUUUCCUGAACUCGUUUAAAGGGAGACGACAAAGUGAUGUGGACAUGACAGGGGAAAUUGUCAUCGACGAUGGAAUUGAUGCCUACACCGACGAGACAGAUCCGAUGCUUGACAUUGACGAUGACCUAGCGGGGGACGAUAACAUUGAAUUCGACUACAGCGACGAAGAAAUGCGGCAGGGGCAAGCGGCGACAUACAGCCAAGUCGUUUUCCCAACUGACGACGCUAGUCUCUCGGAUUCCGACUUGAGUGUCGAGAUGGUUGAGCUGGCGCGUGGCGAAAGCUUUGGGGAUGCUUCUGUGGAAAAUUUUGAAAUUGAGGAUGAAUUCCCUCCCGACGAUCUUCGCGGAGGCUUUGGGGAAGCUUCUACGGAAAAUUUUGACAUCGUCGACGAAAUUCCUCCCGACGAUGAUUAUGACGCAAUCCUAGAAGGAGAUGAAUAUCUUGAGGCCGAACCAGUUGAGGUCGAAAUUGAAAGCCUCGAAGAUGAGGAUGAUUUUGAGGAAGAUAUCAACGAAGCUAGCAUGUCAUCUCUCCUUGGAGCUGAUACAGCGAUCGAAGACGAGGAGGACGAAGAGGAUUUUGAUGUCUUGGCAGGCACACCGAUGCGGAGCGGAGGAGAGGAAGAAGAAGACUCGAUUGACCAAGAGCUGAACAAGUCACGGCGUCACGUCAAUCGAUUAGGUAUCUCGUAUGAUUCCGAUGAUGAGCCUGUGCCCGUUGGUAGCGAUGACGAAGAAAUGCCAUUCUUUGACGACAACACUGACGGCGCGGAUGAUGAUUUCGGGGCGGGAGAAUCGGCUGUUGCGAUGUUGGAAGGCACGGCAUUGCCUCAGGAAAUUUUGGAAGCCAAGAAGAAGAAGGCGAAAUCAAAGACGAAAUCAAAGACGAAAUCAAAAGCGAAAUCAAAAGCGAAAUCAAAGCCACGAAGAGGCCGACGUGCAGACCGUAAAGCAAAGGCGGAGCAAGACGGCGGCGAUGAUGACGACUCAGACGAAGAAUCCGAAGAGGAGGAGGAACCUGAUUCAGAAGAAGAGGAAUCCGAUGAUGAUGCAGAGGACGGCGACAGCGGCAGCUCUGGCACAGCUUCCUUUGCCAGCGAUAGUGAGAGUGCCAAAAGUAUUAGCGAUUCGGACGAAGAGGAUGACGAGGACGAGGCAUCGGACGAAGAAUCCGAAGAGGAGGAGGAAGAAGAAUCUGACGAGGAAGACGAGGAGGAGGAAAGAAGAGGAAGACGAGGAGGAGGAGAGAAGAAAAAGCAGAACGGCGAGGACGAGGACGAAGAAGUAGCAGAAUACCACGAUCCUGCCUCGGCUUGGCUCACCUACUCUGAAACAAAAGACGAUGAAGUGUUACCCGAAGAGGACAUUAGGGUUCUUAAAAAGAAGAAGAAACACCAGCAGGCAGAGGAAGAAGAAGAAUAUUCAGAUGAGGAAGAAUACUCCGACGACGAGGAGGAGGAAGCGUCGGGCUCCGAGGAAGAAUACAGCGACGACGAGGAGGAAGAAUCGGGUUCAGAAGAGGAGGAAGACUACAGCGAUGAGGAGGAAGAAUCGGGUUCAGAGGAGGAGGAAGAAGAGGAAGACGACGAGGGGUCGGAGGGUAGCAUGGAAUUGGAACUGGACCUUGAAGAUCUAACCGUAGGUGACUUGGAAGAUGCUCUCGUGUCAAAGCUCACACAAGAGAUUGGCGACAGAGACCCAGAGGAAGCGAAAGCGGCUGUGAACAUGAUGCUGCAGAGUCUCCGCGCAGAUCUACUUGGAGAGGGUGAUGACGAAGCACCAAAGACGAGUAGCAGCAGGGAUCAUCCUGGAAUGCCCGAAGACUUUUAUGACUGGGCCAAAGAGACUGCAAGAAGAGUCAUGACAGAAGGUGGCAUCAAGCGACAAGCACCCGCCAAUGAAGCGCCUCCAGGAGAGCCUCUCAAUGGAGAUCUGCCCCCCGCCUUGGACCCAGAGCUAUUCUUUGAUUGGAAGAAGUUUGCAAAAGACGGAAAGGCUGACAAUGAGAAGGCGGCGGAAUCCAAGUCGACGACAGAGGCGUCGACAAGCGGCACAGACGAUCAAGCAAACCUUGGCUCGGGCGGUGAUCUAUUGCCAUACGACGAUGAAUUGAUAGAGCAAUAUACACUUCGGCCAGUUGCCGACGAUCCAGACACACGUUUAUUCAACUGGAAGAAAUUCACAAAAGCUAGAACACCGAAUGGCGCCAAUGGCGCAACGCAACAGCAAGGGGGAGGCCCAGGCACGGAACCCCCGUCGUUUGACUGGAAAAAGUACGCCAAGGAGCAGCGAAAGCAGUCAAAGAAGAAGAACAAGAAAGGAGUCUCCCCCGACGAAGAUGUGGAAGAGAAAAAGUCGGAGGAAGAUUCGAAAAAGCGGAGCAUCAAUAGUGUGGAUCUUCUGAAGAUGCUGCUGGUCAGAAAGAAUGACGCCGAACGCGCAGCCAUACUCAACAAAUUCAUUGGGCCUCCUCCCUCCCCAGAUGACACCGAAGGUCACGUUUCCCCGAACGAAUUGUUGGAAGCCAUUGCCAAGUUUGUGGAUACGAUCCGUACGGUCAAGCAAAGCGACAAUGCUCCCGAGAUCACUGGUGCUCGUCAGGUCGCCAUCGUGGCCCGUCUUGCCAUCAUCAAGCAUUACGGGGAAGAGAGCGAUAUCUUGAAGAGCUUCGAGCUGGGUUUGGUUCCCGCCUUUUCACCAAAAUACAACAAAGACGAGGAUGGGUGA